AAAACGAUAUUUAAAUUCUAACUUAAAAGAAAAAAGAAAACAAAGAGCAGCACAAGAGCAUCAUCUCCUGUGUAGUUUAGGAAGGAAGGAAGGAAGGAAGGCUGAUACCGUUAUUCCCGAUUGGAGUUGUUGUUGAUAAAUAUAAUAUAAUAUUAAUGGGGUUUUGGUCAUCUUCUCUGGGUCUUGUUAAUCCGCCGCCAUGGAAGUCACACUCACAUCGUCAAAGGGAUUUCAAGAUUCAUUGCCAAAGUCCGAUCACUGUACGAUUUUCUAAGCCGCAUAGGGUUUCGUCUUCCAACCUCCAAGCCGAUACUGAAAGAAGUAGCUCCACCGAGGUGAAGAAGGAGAUCGAAUUGUGCUAUGAGCUGAUACGAAGACUCGGCAGAGGAGUAGUGUACCUGGGGUCUGCAAGAAUGGGCCCCGGUCACACUCAUUACAUCCAAACACAAGAAUUGGCGAAAGAGGUGGCGAACCUCUUGGGGUGUACCUCAUGGUCAGGGGCUGGACCAGGGCUCAUGGAUGCUGCCACUCAAGGUGCUCUUCAAGCAGGAAAGCCAGUUGCUGGGUUCAAGAUUGGUAAAGAAGCUAAUGAAUGGACAUCCACUAAUUUCCAUCCCUAUCUUCCUUCUCAUUCUUACCUUACAUGCAGGUUUUUUUCUGCACGAAAACAUGGGUUAGUUGAUGCGGCAGUUAGAGCUAGUAAUGAGGACAAAACGGGUGUCAUAGUUUUGCCAGGAGGGAUUGGAACCCUAGACGAGGCUUUCGAGAUUCUUGCAUUGAUUCAGUUAGAGAGAAUUGGUUCAGCGCUACCGGUCCCAUUUAUAUUGAUGAAUUAUGACUCUUUCUAUUCAAAGCUACUGGAGUUUCUGGAUGUAUGUGAAGAUUGGGGGACUGUCUCUAAAGGAGAGGUUUCAUCAUUAUGGAAAGUAUGCAACAACAACUCUGAAGCACUGGCUUAUCUUGCUCAAUUUUAUGAUUGUUAACAAACCCUAAAUGUCACUCUUUUCAUCGUUGGUUGGCGAUAUUCUUAUUGGUGAUAUAUAUCUAUAUACACUGAAACAAAUGAAUACAACACAGGUUGCGAUCUUCUUCUA